AUGGCCAGAAGACGCAAUGCUGUUGCAGCAGCAGCAGCGGCGGCGGCGGCGGCUGCUACCUUGGUCACUACCGCAGCAUCAUCCAUGGCCGCAACGCCAGGAGGAAGCGAGAUCGUCGGAUCCUCGGCUGUCUCUGGCAUGAUGAUGUUCAACAGCGCUCCGGGCAAGGUGGUCAUCCUCGACAAGACCCAGGGAAACGCAGCUCGUAUUAACGGUCAUCCUGCAUGGGGUCAAGAGUGGGACACCGACGCUCGUACGGGACGUCUGAUGAACGUCAUCACCAACACCUUCUGCGCCGGUGGAAUGUCGCUCGGCAACGGCACCUGGGCCUCGUUUGGAGGCAAUGAGAACGUCGGGCUAGGCGGAAAUAUGACCACACCACGUUUCACCACCACCGCGCCAUACUACGAUGGAGACGGCGGUCCUGCAGCUCGUUUCUACACACCCAACGCGCAGGACAAUUCCGACUGGGACGAUGGCGCCCACUACAUGCAGAAGCGCAGAUGGUAUCCCACCGUAGAGGCUCUCGGCGACGGCACGCUCUGGAUUGGCGGUGGUGAGGACUACGGUGGAUACGUUGCGGACGCAGGACAGAACCAGCCCAACUUCGAAUACUGGCCGCCAAGAGGAGAUGCCAUCAACAUGGACUUUCUCACCCAGACGCUGCCCAUGAACCUGUACCCGCUGGCAUGGCUCAUGAAGUCCGGUCUGUUGUUUGUCCAGGCGGGUCAAGAUGCAAUCCUGUACAGCCUCGACUCGAACUCGGUUGCGAAGGGUCUUCCGUCCACUUCUGGGCCCAUGAAGGUGUACCCCGCCUCGGCGGGUGUGGCGAUGCUGCCCAUGACACCAGCCAACAACUACACGCAGGAGGUGCUCUUCUGUGGUGGUGUGCAGCGACCGCUCAACGAGUGGGGCAAUGGUGGCGGCCCUCUGUACAACCCGCUCAACACGCCGGCGAGCAAAGUAUGCGAGCGCAUCACACCUGAGGCGGCCAACCCGACGUGGGAGCAGGAUGACGAUUUGAUCAACGGUCGAUCCAUGGGAACGUUCAUCUACCUGCCGGACGGAAAGCUGUGGUUCGGUCAAGGUGUUCGCAUGGGCACAGGAGGCUAUUCAGGACAGCCCUACAACAAGAACCUUGGCAUCUCUUUGGGCGACCAGCCGGACUACCAACCGAUGCUGUACGACCCUAAUGCUCCUAGGGGCUCGCGCUUCUCGAUUGCCGGACUGUCGCAGAUGCAGGUGCAGCGAAUGUACCAUUCCACCGCGAUCCUGCUUGAGGAUGGCUCGAUUCUCACCGCGGGUUCUAAUCCCAACGCCGACGUGGCGUUCAACAAUGCAGCGAACUACACCAACACCGAGUAUCGCCUCGAGCAGUGGUAUCCGUUGUGGUACAACCAGCCGAGACCGACGCAGCUCAACGUGACUCAGCUUGCGUACGGAGGUGGCUCGUUUGAUGUUGCACUCUCGAGCUCGGAUCUGUCCAACAAUAUCACGAACAUCAAGACGGCCAAGGUGGUGGUGAUACGUUCGGGCUUUGCGACGCACGGUGUCAACUUUGGGCAGCGGUACCUGGAGCUCAACUCGACGUACACUGCCAACCAGGACGGAAGCGUCGGGGGAACGCUGCACGUGUCCAACAUGCCGCCCAACUCGAACAUCUUCCAACCGGGUCCGGCGAUGGCGUUCCUUGUAGUGGAUGGCGUGCCCUCCAAGGGUCAGCAUGUGAUGAUCGGAACGGGCCAGUUGGGCAAUCAAAAUGUGGUGGCUUCGACAACGCUGCCGGCCUCGCAGGAUCCCCCGGCGCCCAAGAGCACCAGCACUUCCAAGAGCAACGGCUCCGGAUCGGGCGGCGCGAAUGGUUCCACAAGUUCACUGUCAGGUGUGCCGAAUGGUGCCGUUGCUGCGACAGCAGGUAUGGGUGCCAGCGUUGCUAUGGCAAUGACAAUGGCCAUGACAGCGGUGCUCUCGUCUGCGCUACUGUUUGCUUGA